UAUAAAUCCAUUCAAAAGGGGGAAAACAUAAAAAGAAAAAAAACUAAAACUGCCAAAAAGGGGUAAAAAGGGGAAAUGAAAUCCGGUUUCAGGUCCGUCGUUGAACAUCUCGAAGAAGAAAGGCCAAUCAACGUUCCUGAGAAAAUAGCAGAUCCAAGCUCUGUUAAGGAGGCGGUAAGGGCCAGAAGUUAAAACCCCAAUUUCUCUCCUCAUCCUGGAUGGGCCAGUCAUAUUCGACGGCUGCAGUAUUGAGCCGCCGCGAGUCUAACCACAGCCACAUUUACAAAGCCAAAUCAACGGCUCUGAUCUCCGCUAUGCAAGAUGAAGAAUCAAGCGAUUGUCUAAUAAUUGAUGGAGAACCUGACUACAUCAACGAUCUACCUGACGAGUGCUUGGCUUUCAUUUUUCAGUCUCUUAGCUCCGGCGAUCGCAAACGUUGCUCUUUGGUAUGCCACCGAUGGCUAAGAAUCGAGGGACAGAGCCGCCACAGGCUUUCUCUGAACGCUCAAUCGGAUCUCCUACCUAUGAUACCUGCUCUCUUCUCACGCUUCGACGCUGUGACAAAACUCGCUCUCAAAUGUGACCGUAGAUCCGCGAGCAUAGGCGAUGAAGCGCUUCAAGCGAUCUCGUUCCGGUGUCGGAAUCUCACGCGCUUUAAGCUUCGCUCUUGCCGUGAUGUUACCGACGCCGGGGUGGCUGCUUUUGCAAAGAAUUGUAAAGGUUUAAAGAAGCUCUCAUGUGGAUCAUGCACGUUUGGAGCCAAAGGUAUGAACGCAAUCCUCGAUAAUUGUGCAUCUCUUGAAGAGUUGUCAGUGAAGCGGCUUCGCGGAAUCACCGAUGGAGCAGCGGCUGAGCCGAUUGGACCGGGUUUGGCCGCAUCUUCGCUCAAAACGAUAUGUUUAAAGGAGCUUUACAAUGGACAGUGUUUUGGUCCGCUUAUUAUCGGGUCAAAGAAUCUCAGAACUUUGAAGCUUUUUAGAUGCUCUGGUGAUUGGGACAAGCUUCUUCAAGUCAUUGCGGAUAGAGUAACCUGUAUGAUGGAGAUCCAUCUCGAGAGGCUCCAGGUAAGCGAUGUUGGCCUCUCGGCCAUCUCUAAUUGUUUGGAUCUAGAGAUUUUGCAUCUCGUCAAAACGCCAGAAUGCACCAAUUUAGGGCUAGUGUCUGUCGCUGAGCGUUGUAAGCUCUUAAGAAAGCUUCAUAUUGAUGGAUGGAAGGCGAAUCGGAUAGGCGACGAUGGAUUAAUUGCAGUAGCGAAGAAUUGCCCUAAUUUACAAGAACUGGUGCUGAUUGGAGUAAAUCCUACUAAAAGUAGCCUUGAAAUGUUGGCUUCGAAUUGUCAAAAUUUAGAGCGAUUAGCGCUCUGCGGUAGCGAUACUGUCGGUGAUGCAGAGAUUUCUUGCAUCGCUGCUAAAUGUAUAGCGUUGAAAAAACUUUGUAUUAAAAGUUGCCCUGUUUCAAAUCUUGGAAUGGAAGCGCUUGCUAGUGGAUGCCCAAAUUUGAUUAAAGUGAAGGUGAAGAAGUGUCGAGGGGUAACUGGUGAGAUUGCUGAUUGGUUAAGAGCUAGUAGGGAAUCGCUAGCGGUGAAUUUAGAUAGCGGCGAAACUGAGCAGCCGGAUGCGAGUGCUAGUGAUGGCGGUGCACAAGAAAAUGUAGUUGAAUUUCCUCCUGUGCCUACCCAAAUAUCGGUACCAGCUAUUGCUUCAAGCAGCGCUGGGCGAUCAACGUCUUUCAAAUCAAGAUUAGGGCUUUUGAGUGGAAGAAGUUUGGUUGCGUGCACUCUGAGAAGGUGGUCUAACGGUAAUAGCAGUUCUCGAAAUUAAUUAGAUUAAGGACUGAUAGAAGUUGCAGAUGAGAAAAAUGGAUCCUGAAGUCUUGGUCUGUUUGCGUCAUUUUCCAUCGUCUCUGAUUCCAUAUUUAAUGUACUGCUGAAUUUGAUAUUGGGUGCUAUUUAUUGCCUUUUUCAACUGAAUCUUAUUUGUCAAAAGCUGAUCAUUUCUGCUUGCCUAUAUUGCUGUUCAGUCCAGUUUGUAUUUAUUUGCAAGUUCCACAUUAUCUAAAAAUAGGCGCAUAGAAGGUUUCUUAUCUGUUAAAUCCACAGAACUUUGAAAUACAAUGUAUGCAUUAUGAUUUCUUUGAUAUAUGCAAUUCAUGGCUGGUAUAAUUGCUGUUUCAA